AUGCUGGUUAACCGAAAGCUAGGCCAUGUGGUUAAUCCCGCUGACCGCUUGUCCAAACUAGAAACCAAUCACCCAUCCCUGACUAUAGGUCAUUGCCUCCGCAAAGAACAGCCGAGUGUGUUCCAGAAGGAGGAAGAAGACCCUGCGGAAGAGGGUGGCGCCUGGCUUCCCAGUAGUGUGAGCAUGGCAUCCGUCUUCGGCUAUGGCCGAAUGAGUGCCGAUCUAUAUCUCGCUUUGUCUACUCGGAAUUUGCCGUGGCUUGAUCGAGCAGUUCUGUGGGCUUGA